AUGUUCGCGAAACUCGCUCUCCUCGUGACCUUCGUCGCGGGCGCCGCUGCCCACGCUACGUUCCAGGAGUUGUGGAUUAACGGCGUCGACCAAGGGUCGUCCUGCGUGCGUCUGCCGGCCAGCAACUCCCCGGUAACCAGCGUCACGAGCAACGACAUUGCGUGCAACGCCAACGCGGCCUCGAGCAAGGGCGUGUGCCAGGUCAUGCCGGGAGACUCAGUGUCGGUCGAAAUGCACCAGCAGCCAGGAGACCGCUCGUGUGCAAACGAGGCGAUCGGCGGUGACCACUUCGGCCCCGUUCAGAUCUACAUGGCCAAGGUCUCCGACGCGACGUCCGCCGUUGGCUCCUCCGCCGCAUGGUUCAAGGUGACCGAGAUGGGUAUGCCCUCGAUGGCGCCCGACUACUGGGCUACUGAGGUCCUGAACAACAACUGUGGCCACUUCACGUUCACGGUCCCGUCGGGCAUCGCCCCUGGCAACUACCUCAUUCGCGCCGAGGUCAUCGCUCUCCACGUCGCGAGCACUCUCGGUCAAGCCCAGUUCUACAUGUCCUGCUACCAGAUCAACGUUGGCGGCUCCGGCACGGCGUCGCCCCCCACCGUCAAGUUCCCCGGUGCCUACAGCGCCUCUGACCCUGGCAUCCUCAUCAACAUCUACACCCAGCUCAACAGUUACAUCAUCCCGGGACCUACGCCCUAUGCGUCGACCUCCCCCACCGUCGCCACGACCCCCUGGCCGACGACCGCGACCUGGAACACCGCCCUCCAGCCAUCGACCGUCCCCACCGCCGUGCCGACCGUCUCCGGCAGCGCCCCGCCUGCGUCGUCGUCCUCCGCGUCGACGACGACAGUUGCUUCGAGCACGUCGAAGACCACGUCCUCGAGCACGACGAAGACCACGUCCUCGACCGUCGCCUCGUCGACGCCCACGUCGGGCUCCGGCACCGUUGCGAAGUACGGCCAGUGCGGCGGCACCGGCUACACGGGCCCGACGGUGUGCGUGUCCGGGUCGACGUGCUCGGUCCUCAACCCCUGUGAGUGA